AUGAAGCAUAUGUAUAGCGCACCCAAGCCACGAAUGGAACAUGCAACAGCAGCAGAUAAUUCUUACUUUAUGGAGCAAGCAUUUGAAAUGGCACGCAGAGCGCUUGAUCUGGGUGAAACGCCCGUAGGCUGCGUUUUAGUGUACAAGAAUAAAAUAGUCGGUCGUGGAAUGAAUGAUACUAACAGAUCCAUGAAUGGAACAAGACACGCCGAAUUUCUUGCUAUCCAAGAAUUUCUUCGCAGUUAUCCAAAAUCGGCACUCCGGUCAACAGACUUGUACGUAACGGUUGAGCCCUGUGUCAUGUGCGCGGCAGCCUUACGUCAAUAUCAAAUUCGGAGUGUUUACUAUGGCUGUGGCAAUGAGCGAUUCGGAGGAACUGGAAGCAUUUUAUUAUUGCACUCUGAUUUGGCGAUUGACCCGCCCUAUCCUGUUUAUGGCGGGUUGCAGCGGAAGGAGGCUAUCAUGCUACUGAGACGCUUUUACAUACAAGAGAACGAAAAAGCGCCUAAACCACGACCCAAAAAGAAUCGAGAGCUGAACACCAAAUUCGACGAUGUUGACAUUGACCCGAUUACGGAAGAGACGGAUCGUUGCAAUACCGAUGGAGUAAGCAACGUCCUUAGAAGGCAGACAUAA